AGGAGAGGAGACAGAUCGAGCAAUUAAUCUAUAGCUAGAAAAUCAUCAGCAUCGAUUAGCGAAGAAAGAACUUAGAAAGGGGCCGGCCGGCCGGCCGGGAUCGAUGUCGAAAAUGUUCCGCGGCAACAACAACCCUAGUAGCAAUUACGAGCUGCCAGUGGAGAGCGUGGUGAGGGUGAAGAAGGUGGAGAGGAUCGAGGCGAACAACCUGGUCAGCAAGCCCAAGCCGUCGCAGACCAAGGUGACCAGGAGCCUGACCGUCAGCGUUGUCCGGGUCGGGGACGUGGACGAAAUGCCCGACGACAGCCACAGCAGCUUUGUCUCGGUGCCUAUUGCUGCGCAUACCUAAUUAAUUAAUAAGUGAUCACCAGUUCACCACCGCUCCUGUCUGUCUGUCAUAUAGUAAAGCCGUUUUCGUUUCUUGUUGUAUAAUUAAAUAACCUUAUAUAUGCAACUUUUCGAUUUUCUA